UUCAUAAGACAGUGACACAGGACCACAGAGUGCUUUCUAAAUAUAAUGAAACACAGGACACUGGGCUGCUAACUACUAAUCGGCUGAUUCUCAGGAUUUUCGUAAUAUAGUUAAAAACUUUAAAUUAUGUGCAUUAGUUUGUUAAGGAGAAUUAAUUAUAGUCUAGUGUCAUAUAGUACGUUUAAAAUGGUUUCGCGGCAGUCCAGUGAUAUAAAUAAGUUUAAAGAUGCUUUACGAGCCGCUAAAAAUAUUGUUAUCUUGUCUGGCGCCGGAAUUAGCGCAGAAUCUGGUAUCCCUACGUUUAGAGGUGCAGGUGGACUCUGGAGGAAGUACCAGGCCUCCGCAUUGGCUACCCCAGAAGCGUUUAAGACGAGUCCAAGUUUGGUUUGGGAAUUUUAUCAUUACAGAAGAGAAGUGGCGGCCAAAGCGCAGCCUAACGCGGGCCAUAUUGCAAUAGCGAAUUAUGAAACCAAAUAUGGUUCAGAGAAAAUAAUUACAGUGAUCACACAAAAUGUGGAUGGUCUUCAUGUCCGAGCUGGUACUAAGAACUUGAUAGAACUUCAUGGCAACCUGUACAAGACCCGCUGUACCAAAUGCAAAGAGGUGUUGGUAAACACAGACAGUCCUAUAUGUCCAGCUUUAGAAAACAGAGGUGCUCCUGAUGCAAAUGUGGUUGGAUCAGAUAUACUGAUCAAAGAGCUGCCUCAUUGUAAAAAGUGCAGUGGACUACUAAGACCACAUAUUGUAUGGUUUGGUGAAAGCUUAGACCCUGAUGUACUGAAAAAAGCUGGAGACACGAUGGAAUCAUGCGACGUUUGCCUGGUGGUGGGGACAUCAUCAGUGGUGUACCCGGCCGCGCUGUUCGCGCCACAAGCGGCCGCGCGCGGCGCUGUCGUCGCAGAGUUUAAUAUUGAACCUACUCCAGCUACUCACGACUUCCAGUUCUACUUCGAGGGACCUUGUGGAACUACCCUACCUACUGUGUUGGAGGUUUAAAUUGAUAAAAGAAAUGAAAGAAUUUUUAAAUGUAAAAUCUUGCCCAUCAGGCUAGGCCUGAUGUGUGAUUUUUAAAAGUUGUUUCCCAACUUUGCCGGUGAUAGUAAUCAAUGUAAAACAUGUGUACAGUAUUUUAUAAGUGAAGAAUGUAAAUAAUUGUUGUAUAUUUUGUAAAGCAUAUUUAUUAGAGAACUUAUUUUAAAAUAAAUAAUAUUUAAAUCUA